AUGUCAACCUGUCUGUCACCGGAAUUGUUUGACUACACGACUGCUCGUCUGAGCAUUUUUCAACUUUCCAACUUAUUAGGCAGUGAAUUUAUUGAUGCCUACGUGGGGCUGAUAACAAACCAGAAGGUCCAAACUGAACUAUACAUUUUGUCGUAUUUACUCAAAGGUCGAGUCUAUCAUGGCGACCUUUGGGAACUAGCUGGGGAGCGUAGUAUCGAGGCGAAACAGGAGGAAACCCUGCGUAGACACCAGAGCAUCUGUAAUGGAACCGGAAGAAGCCAUGCAGCUGUGGAGAGAUAUCUUAUGGAUGAGAGGAAGAGACAAUGCCAGUUGGAAGUGUCUCUAUACUCUCAGGCCAUUGAAAUCUUGGAACAGCUUCGGAUGCCACAUGUCGGACUUCUAGCCAAGCACGAGAUCAGAACACCCUCUGCAGCCUGGAGGCACAGUGCUCCGCCUUUGGCCUGCUUGCCUUUGGCUUGUGCACCUUUAGCCUGCUCCAUUUCUACGCGAGAGACAUGUAACGCCUGUUCAGUGCAGAAUGACGUGUAUCUCAGCUCAGCCAAUUCCUCACAUUGGCAUGGCUCGAGCCCUUUAACAUCCAUACCCUCUCCCCGGGCCACUGCGCAGCAGGAAAGUCCAGUGUCUGCCCUUUUGAAUCACAUCGGCCCCUCAAUGCCCCUACUCAGUACUUGGGUAACUGCCGAUGUUCAGAAUGCCUUUUACAAGGCAUUCCAGACAGAACUGGACAUGCAGUCAGAACUAAUGUCGAAAUCUCUUGCUACUAGGCAUAGCAAUGCCUACCUCCGCAAUCUUGGGCUGGAUCUGCUCAUCCUGCAUUCGAAGAUGCAACGCGCGCAAGCUGAGAUAAAGCUCUAUAUGGUGGCUAUUGAUAACACUCGUUUGUUGGACUCUUCCGAUCUCAGUUCACACUCAGCCUGGGAUGAAACUGUCGGAACGUCUCUACUGCCUGGGGAAGCGAGCCCCUACGACGAUCUCUUUGACGGUGAUAUUGAAGAGCCUAUUGACUUUGAUUUCGACCCAGACGAAUGCCCUGAUGACCCUGAACUAGAUUGA